GACAUUAAUAUAUAAGAGUUAUAUAUUGCGUAUUAGUUUUAUGAAGAUAUAUUUAGCGUUAUAUUCACGGUUUUAGAUGAGGUAAUAUGCAGUUUCACAUUCCUGUCAGCGAGACUCGGGCGCGGGGCGGGGCUUAUCGCGAUGGGCGGGGCUUCGCUGAAACUUCAGACCCGCUGAUGAGAUCUGAGCAUCACUCGAGGAAUAAAGCACAGAAUAAAGACACUAUGAAACUCUGUUACCUGCUUCUGCUGUCAGUUCCAGGUCUGGUUCUGGCUCAGGCUCAGACUGAGGCUCAGGAUCCGAACUAUGAUGACUAUCCCGAUAUCUUCGGGAACAGCAACAGUUAUGAUUCAUACAUCUAUCCCGCCGUCUCUCAGCAGCUUCUGCAAGCCCAGACCGUCGGGCCGGGACAGACCGCGGUGGAGUUCCAGACGGAGCCGACCGAACCCGGGCCGCUGGACUGUCGUGAGGAACAGUAUCCCUGCACUCGUCUCUAUUCUGUCCAUCAGCCGUGUAAACAGUGUCUCAACAGCAUCUGCUUCUACAGUCUGCGCAGGGUUUAUGUGAUAAAUAAGGAGAUCUGUGUGAGGACUGUGUGUGCCCAUGAGGAGCUGCUGCGAGCGGAUCUGUGUCGGGAUCAGUUCUCGCGCUGUGGUGUAGUUGCACUCAGUGGCCAGUGUGGGGCGACGGGCGGCAGCUGUGCCAAGAGCUGCGGAUCCUGUUAAACACACACACACACACACACACACACAAGCCCUGGUACUGCCUAUCAGACGCUGGCACUCACUCCAGCUGUAGGACUAAAACAUCUUCUACGCAAGUAUGCUAACACGCGUAACUGUUGUACAUACAUGACCUCAGUUUCCGGUAAACAUCUCAGCAAGAUUGUUCAGUCUGUCUCUCCAUGACGACGGUUCUCCAGCUGAAAGAGAAAACUGACCAUAGAAGAAGACCACUAUAGCACCCCCGUGUGGCAACACUUGUGUUUUGCGCUCUGACGCAAAACGUAACAAUUGUUUGUGUACUUGCGUAGAGUGUGUUUCAGACCUCUUCAUAUUCUCCGGCAGCAUCUGAUGUGUUCUGGUCUCAUGUAAACUGAUAUUUACUGUAGUCAUUGAUCAUUCGGCAGUAUGUUGCCACUGGUGCUAUUAUCUGUUACACUGGUGCAGGAGAACAGAGAUGUGUCACGUUUGUAUUAUUACUGUUUGUCGUCCAGUGCUGUUGUUGUUGUUUACUUGUUUAUUUUGUCUUGGGGUAAGUUAUACUGAACCCAGACUCAAACCUUCACACCUGACAGCCUAAACCUGUAACCCAGCUAACAGGGAACGUUCUGGCAAGGUUCCCUCAAAGUUGUGAACAAACGUUCUUCCAGCAACGUUAAUAGAACUUUGUUCAAAGUUAUCUGGUCUUAAAUUAUGUUCUCUAAACAUUAGCACAAAAACUGUAUUUAUACAUCAUUCGUUGAAAGUUUCUUUUCUGAAAUGUUAAAGUUUUUUAAAUGUUACUACUUGUUUCAGAACGUUCGGAGAACAUUCAAAAGCGUUUCCAUAAUGUUUGAAGAACGAUACAAUGGAAUGUUCCCUUAACACAAUAAAAACAGAAAUGUUUCUCUAGCUAAUGGGAACGUUGUGCUAACGUUUUUAGAUAUUUUAGUUUGCUGGGAUCUGUCAUUAAUCUGAAGAAUUCAGUCAGGGUUCAGCUUUAAUAUACUCACUGUUUACUGUAAUAUUACCUGUUCCAAACCAAGUUUUGCAAUUUAUUAAUAAACAUUUUUGUACUUUA